AUGAGAUCAUAUCUAAAUAAUGAAACUAGAAUUAAAUCAUUAGUGCGAGAUCUUGAGCAUAGCAACUUAGAAAUUCAUUAUUUGGGUAAAUCCCUAAUACAACAUGAAGCACAAAUUGAAUCUUUGAAAAAGGAUAAUAAAAAUCUAUCAAUUCAACUCCGGAAGGCUUUACAGGAUAUAGAGUCUAAAGAAAAAUUUAUCGUUUUUAGAGAAGAACAAUUUAUAGCAUUAGAAGAUAAAAUUUCAACACUUAAUAAGAAGCCAAAAAUGUCUUCUCAAUGCCAAAUACAGCCACCUAGUCCAAAUGAGAUUGAUGUAAGUACUGAUAGAAUUAAUUCUGCAUGCAGAAGUCUUGAUGAGUUCAUACAAAGGCCGGAUAAUUCUACUCUAAACCAGAGGACUGCAGUAAAUAAGCUUAAUGAAAUUACUACAUUUACACAUAGGCUCCGAGAUAUUGCUAAAUGGAAUGAUGAUCAAUUAGCGCCACUUCAGGCCCAAUUACAGCAAAAUCUUCAGGCAUUCAAUCAGGUGAAUAAUCAGCUUGCACAGGCCCAGAAUGAUCUUAAUCAACUUCAUCAGGAUUUUCUUCAGCUUAAUGUCGCUCAUACUCAGCUUAAUAAUACUCAUGAAGCACAAAUUGAAUCUUUGAAAAAGGAUAAUAAAAAUCUAUCAAUUCAACUCCGGAAGGCUUUACAGGAUAUAGAGUCUAAAGAAAAAUUUAUCGUUUUUAGAGAAGAACAAUUUAUAGCAUUAGAAGAUAAAAUUUCAACACUUAAUAAGAAGCCAAAAAUGUCUUCUCAAUGCCAAAUACAGCCACCUAGUCCAAAUGAGAUUGAUGUAAGUACUGAUAGAAUUAAUUCUGCAUGCAGAAGUCUUGAUGAGUUCAUACAAAGGCCGGAUAAUUCUACUCUAAACCAGAGGACUGCAGUAAAUAAGCUUAAUGAAAUUACUACAUUUACACAUAGGCUCCGAGAUAUUGCUAAAUGGAAUGAUGAUCAAUUAGCGCCACUUCAGGCCCAAUUACAGCAAAAUCUUCAGGCAUUCAAUCAGGUGAAUAAUCAGCUUGCACAGGCCCAGAAUGAUCUUAAUCAACUUCAUCAGGAUUUUCUUCAGCUUAAUGUCGCUCAUGCUCAGCUUAAUAAUACUCAUAUUCAAUUUGUUAAUGCUCGGGAUCAAUUUAUUAAUAAUAUCCACAAUCCACUUGUCCAGGCCUAUAACUACCAUAAUGGACGAUUACAAAUGUUCCAACAAAAACACAUAAAAUGGAAACAAAGAGCCAAAAACCCUGUUGGGCAAUUACAAAUAUUCCAACAAAAAUAUGUAAAAUGGAAACAAAGAGCCAGAAAUCCUGAUGUUAUUUGGCUCGUAGGCUUUUCAAAUUGA